CGAGUUUGAGUUACACUUUACACACGACAACAUGUCAUCCACUGAUCUUCGCUACCUGAUCAAAUCAGUCACACCGGGCCUUCAUAAUGCCAUGUCUCAACGGUACUACAUAAUCUGCAGGAGAAACUCAUAUAAUCUUUCUCCUGGUAACGAGUGCGAUCAUCGUCCUUCUGUUCUUCUUGGUCACGCCUUCUUCUGCUAGCGUUGCUGGUGGUGAUGAGGCGGCAGUUCAAUAUGUUUAUCAAGAAUGUGAUGCAGGGCUUUCCGACCAUCACUGGCAUACGAUGGUUCAACCUUUCUGUCCUUGUCAUCACACCAGCUCUUUCGCUGUAUGGCUUGCUUUGUGUUCCCAUCCUUCAGAAGACUGUAGUUUGCACUGCCCUCUAUUAUAUUUAUUCCAUGCUUGGCAUAACUGCUGGAUACCACCGGCUUUGGUCACAUAGAUCGUAUAACGCUUCGUUCCCCUUGCAAGUAUUCCUUAUCCUUGCAGGGGCGAGCGCAGUGCAAGGCUCGUGUUAUUGGUGGGCACGCCGCCAUCGUUCUCAUCAUAGGCAUACCGACACGGAUCUGGACCCGUACAACUCAGAACGAGGCCUCCUCUGGACGCACAUAGGAUGGAUUAUUUUUAAGUCAGACUUGAAACCCGGGCCAGCCGAUAUCUCUGACUUGGGCAAGGACCCUCUCGUACAAUGGCAACAUCGAUGGUACUUUGUCAUCCUGACUAUUUUCGGGUACUUGCUUCCAAUGAUCAUCCCUGGCUUGUUGUGGGGAGACUGGAAAGGCGGAUUCUUCUUCGUUGGUGCACUUCGUAUGACCGCGUGUCAUCACUGCACUUUUUGCAUCAACUCCAUUGCUCACUAUCUCGGAACUACGCCGUACGAUGACAAGCACACACCCCGCGAUCAUCUUUUGUCCGCUAUUCUCACUAUGGGAGAAGGAUACCAUAACUUCCACCAUCAAUUUCCCAUGGACUACAGGAAUGCAUUCCGAUGGUAUCAGUACGACCCUACCAAGUGGUUCAUCGGUGUCUGUCACUAUAUCGGUCUUGCCUCCCAUCUCCGCGUUUUCCCUAGCAACGAAAUUGAAAAGGGCGCACUCACGAUGAAGAUCAAGGCUCUCAAGGACAUCCAGGACUCAAUUGAAUGGCCCGUACCUCCGCAAGAACUUCCUGUAGUUUCGUGGAAAACAUUCCAGGAAGAAUCCCAGUCUCGGACCCUUCUCCUCAUCUCAGGUUUUAUCCACGACGUGUCAAUGUUCCUUGAUAGCCAUCCGGGAGGAUCCGUUUUACUCACACGAAACUCUGGGAAAGACAUGACAGCGUCAUUCUUUGGCGGUGUCUAUGCCCACUCUCACGCAGCACAUAACCUCCUUGGGAUGAUGCGUGUGGGCAUUCUAGCAGGUGGUGUGGAAGCGCCAGCAGAGCAUGCCAUCCCACCCAGUCAGCGACUGGUCAUACGCGCUAACACCUCCCAUUAAUAAUACAGCUGCCUGACUCAAAUGUCGGAAUUUGUGGAUCGACAACUAUGCCUCCCGUGGCUGGAAAUUGGAGACAUAGGUGGUGCACGUUUAUCAGGAGCAGUUCGAUAUGACAAAAAGUGAAUUUGCAAGUGUUAAAAUUCUUGUGG